CAUGGGAGGCUGUAUGCCCAGCACGCAGGACCACGAAAUCCACUCGAGAGGAGAGCCCGGUCCUUCCGAAGCCCCUGCAUCUACUUCGGCACCUUGCAAAAUGCCUAAAAGCGUUUCAAUAUCUAAACAACUGUCUUCAAUAAAAGCUUUGAAGAAAGGCUCAGAUCUGGAAAAAGCGAUUGCUACUAUUGCUCUGAUUUUCAGAAACUCUUCUGACGCUGAUGGUAAACUUGGGAAAUCCACUGCCAAGAAUCUGCUACAAACCCAAUUUAGGAAUUUCACAGAGAGAGAAGAAUCCAAGCCAAAGUACCGAGACAUCCUUUCUGAGCUUGAUGAGCACACAGAGAAUAAAUUGGAUUUCGAGGACUUCGUGAUCUUGCUCCUGAGCCUCACCAUCAUGUCAGAUCUGCUACAAAACAUAUGGAAUAAAAAUGUUAUGAAAUAAACAAAUUUAAAUAUGUGAAUGGGCAAAAUGAUGGCAAAAGCAGUGCCAUGUGAUUAAAUGUUUCUA